AUGGCCAUCAUCUAUAACAAUCAUGAGAUCUUGAAGCUGUUACACGCCGAUCUAGAAACCAUCAGGAUCCUCUCCGCAACGCCCUACCUCAACUGCCACCGCAGCACGACGAGCGCCGAUAGAGUGGUAUCCGCACGCAAAACGCUGCAGCAGCGUUCUGGCACUAAGAGCGAAAUCCUAGCAGAAGCAUUUGAAGAGCUGAUCGCCAUUAUCGAAGCAGAGCCCUCGAUCGGCGCAUCGGAAGAGGACCUCAUGGAGUCUGGAUUCUUCUCCUGUAGAUCGACGUGGAAUAUGAAACAGGGCAGUGGGGAUUUGAUGGAGAAGGAUUUUGACUCGGAUCUGGAUACCGUGGAUUAG